GCAGAUCGAGGUCAAUGUUGAUGAUACACAGAGUUACCGCGAGACUUCGCACAUCAUUUUUUAUGGUAGACUUACUUUCCUAUGCCAGUUCCCGCUUAUCAGGAGUGUUUCUUUUUUUGGCAGGUCGUUAUAUAGCAAAGUUGUAUCGGCUGUAAAUGAAAUAAUAUACUUGUGGUAUAAGGCAGCUGUCUUACGGAUGCUAUUACUAGUACUCUCAUGGUUCCAGAAAGUGUAAAUUUAUUUGAGUGUUGCUUUUUUUUUUAGCCCAUUUGAUAAGGACUAAAAUUUUCAAAAAAGAGGAAAUGAAAAGGGAGCCAUAACAUAAAGUGGAUAUUAAAGUGAAACGUUUUCAGCAAUGCGUAAGUCGAAAGGAAAUAGGUAAAAUGGGUUUAGAGGUCACAAAAAGGGUUUGAAGCACAAAUCCACGAUGAAAUCACGUGUUGUGUCCAAAAUCUCCUGAUUUGCUGUGAGUAUGUUACAGAGGUAGCAAAGUCCUCAGGUACUUCCUGAAUAUUGAUUGUCCAAUGUAUUACGACUCGGUCUUCAAGCAGAGCAACAUGAUAGUCGGAGUCAUAUGCCGUAAUCCCAAUUGCCAAGUAAACGAUUUUGUGCUAAACUGCUUGCAAAGUGUAUGUAAAUUCACAUGAUUCAAACUAACGCUCAAUGGAACUUAUGUAAUAAUGGAGUGCGAGAGAUUACCAGAAGGCGUCGUCAUUUCUGAACAGCUUAUUCAAACGUCGAAAUUUCUACAAUCCUUCCGAGAUAAGUCACUUUUCACAGAUGUCAUUUUAUGUGCUGGUGAAGAAGAACUUCCUUGCCACAAAGCAGUACUAGCUGCUAGUUCCGCAUAUUUCUUUGCAAUGUUUUCAUCUCCUUAUAAGGAACAGCAAACAUCUCGUGUUACGUUAGAUUAUAUAUCACCUUGGGCUCUUCGUCGUCUUCUUGAUUUCGUUUACCUUGGAAUUUUAGAGAUAACAGAGGCGACAGUACAAGAUGUCUUCCUAGCUGCUAGUUUACUUGAUUAUCCGGUAGCUGUUAAAGCUUGUGUUGAGUUCAUGAAAAGUCAUUUGGAUAUUACAAAUUGUUUAGGCAUUGAAGCGUUAGCUGAAAUGCACAAUCUCACAGAUUUAGCUCAAUCAUCACACAAGUUAGCUGUGGAGAAUUUUUCAAGCUUACUGCUAGAAUCCAAUGAAUGGGUUACUUUACCUAUUUCAACUGUAAUUUCAUAUAUAUCUUCAGAUGAAUUAGAUGUACCUUCUGAACAGUUUGUAUGGGAUGCUUGUAUUAAUUGGAUUGACCAAGUACCUGAGACACGAAUUGUUUACCUGCCUCAAUUAUUAUCACACAUCCGUUUGAAGUAUCUGGAUAAAGAGAUGUUGGAGAUUCAGUUACAAGAAAAUCCACUAAUUAUUGAAUGCAAGAAUGCACAGAACAUUUUAAAGUAUUUUCUCCAUGAAGAUGUCAGUAAAAGCGAUGAUACUACCGGUGCAUUUAUCAACACUUUACCUCCUCGUCCUGCUACACUAAAACGGCCAACAUUGGUCGUCUUAGGUGGCCUCAACACGUGCAUUUUAAACUGUAUGCAAUCCUUCUCCCCGUCCAGAACGGUAUGGCAAACGUGUCCCUCUAUGCCUGUAGAUAGUUUAGCAUGGUUCUCUGUAGCUGUCAUAGCAAAUACUCUAUUUGUAAUCGGUGGUAUUAAGGCAGGUACACUCAUGGAUACAGUCUAUGCAUAUUCCCCGGUUCGAUCUUCUUGGAGUCAGCGAAAGUGCAUGUUGCAAGCACGAGCUAGACAUUCUUCUGUCUCUGUUGGUAGUCGAUAUAUUUUUGUAUUUGGCGGUGUUACAAUGUCUACAAAUUCCAGUCAUCAACAGCCUUCAACAAAUCGUGUAAUUAUGAAUGAAUUUCAAGAAAUGAAUUUUUUUACAAAUAGAUUAAAUCAUAAUUCUUCAUAUUUAUCACCUUACAAUCCCAAUCUUCCGGUAACUGAAUUAGACAUUCCAACUUUAAAGUUUGAGAAAACUAUUAUUCGUUAUGAUAUAUGCAGUGAUACAUGGAUCACUGUUGGGGAGACAGAUAAUCCACGUUUAGAAUCUCAUGUUGUCUUAGUUAAUGAUUCGAACGACAAUACAAGUUCCACCUUACAGUCAUCUGAUAUACUAUAUGAAACGGAUGCUGACCAACAGAAUUCACUACUUUCUGAUUUAUCAGAUGCAGCAAUCUCAGAAAAUAUUGCCAACCAGAGUAGCCAGAUUAUUAAAACGCAUAAAAGAAACAAUUCUGCAAAUAUGAAUAUGGAGCGUGUUUUUGUCGAAAUCGGUGGGAUUACUGAAUUACAACCGCAUGGAACUGAUCAAGUUGCUUUUUAUCGUUUACGUUCAGAUUAUACAAUCUUUUGUACUGCUGAUUACAUCAAACUGCCACAACAGUUUCGUUAUGUAAACUGUUGUGUACAUCCUGAUAGCAAUUUACUUUACAUAUUUUGGGAGUCAACAAGUGAACUAUCGGUUUUAGAUCUUCGUCGUCAUACACUCCGUCCAUUAGCACCAUUAAUUUCCUCUUCAACUAUUUCUGCAAAUGAAGCACGAGUUCAUGCGGGACUUACAUGGAUUGGAGAAUUUCUUUAUGUGGUUGGAGGCUUUAGUGAGUUUGUUGGUGAUGAUCGACGUCCUACCGCUCCACGAGAUGAUAUUCAUUGUUAUGAUCCAACAUCAAACACUUGCUUCUUGUUGUUGUUUUUCAACAGGUCACUUAUAAAGGUUUUGAACACAACAGUCCCUCGAGCUAUCUUCGGUUGUGUAUGCCUCAAUAUGUGAUAGAUACGAUAUUAUUUGCAUGAAUUUUCUGUCCUCUUAUACUUCCGGUUUAUCUUCCGAUUAUUGUUGUUGCUUAUUAUUUCUAUGAAUAACAAAGUUUUAUUCCUUUUUGUAUAACUAUUACCUUCCAAUGUGAUAUUUCUGAAACUGCUCUGAUGAAAUGGAUACUGAAUUACUUUUCGUUAUUUUACAUCUGUGCUUUUAUCCAUAUGAUAUUCUUCUGUUCGUCUACUUGUGACGAAUUAUUCCUUCAUGUCAGUUAUAUUUCCCGCUGGUUCGGGUUUUACAUUUUGUUUUCCAGGUGUUACUAGAAGUAUUAUAAUCAUCAGAAUAUUAUAUAAAAGGAUUGCAUUUACACUGUAAUAAUUAUUAUCCCUGUG